AUGGAAUUUGACCGCAUUGUUAGCCAGAAGCAGGAACAAAAGUUCGCUGCCUGGCUGAAGCUCUUCUUAAGCAAGACUCCCGAGAUCUUAUCCAUGCAAAUUGCUUACCAGCAUCGUCCUGGAAACCCCCGGUCUGCUUGUCGAUGGAAAAGCGGCGCCUUCAAUAUAUGUUACCGCGUCCGAUAUGAAGAUGGGUUCCACCUAGUCGAGAAGGCGAGGCAGGAAGUUGCUGUGAUGAACUACCUGCGUCAAAACACUUCCAUACCUGUCCCUGAGGUUUUGGGUUCCGGCACCUGCUGGUCAGGUCCAUACAUUGUUAUGCCCUUUGUCGAAGGAGUACCUCUAUCUGAGCUCCUCAAAAAUCGUUCCAAAGAAGGGAGUCCGGUUUUAAAUGCUCAGUUAAGUGACCGGAGUCUAAAGAGGGCUUAUCGUGAGAUGGCUAUUCUUGUCCUUGAACUUUCAAAGCCUGAAUUUCACACCAUCGGGAUGGCUAUUUUUGUCCUUGAACUUUCAAAGCCUGAAUUUCACACCAUCGGGGUAUUGGAGAAGAGCGAAGAGGGCUUCAAUGUUACUGGCCGACCUCUCACGUUUAACAUGAACGAGCUGAUGCUGUCUGCAAAUAUACACGAAAGUAAUUUUCCUACGCGCACGUUCACCACAGCUACGGGCUACUUCAAGUCUCUCGCCCUAGAACAGAUAUCCCACCUACGAUUACAAAAGAAUAAUGCUGUUAAGGAUGAGGAUGAUUGCAGGAAGAAAUUCGCAGCUCGUUACCUGUUUCAAAAGGUGGUCAGCGAUGUUUCAACCAAUCUUGACAAAGGGCCUUUCAAGCUAUACUGUGAUGACUUCCGCCCUUCGAAUGUUCUUAUUGAUGUUGAAAAAUUUUGUGUUUCCGGAGCUAUCGACUGGGAGUUUACGUACGUUGCACCGGCUGAAUUCUCCCAUGUAGCUCCCUGGUGGCUAUUACUCAUAAGCCCGGAGGGCUGGGAAUCCGACUUUAAUCAAUUCCUAGACCGCUAUACCCCAUGCUUUCGAUUAUUCCUAGAAGCACUAAAGGAGAGUGAGGACAAAAUGAUCGAGCAGCAGACCCUUUCGGAGGGACAACGCCUCUCCCCAAGAAUGGAACACUCCAUGGAGACUGGGCUAUUCUGGGUAUGCCUAGCCGCCCGGCGUAGCUCCAUGUUUGAUGAAAUAUAUUGGACUUUUAUUGACAAUAAAUACUUUGGACCAUUUACAUCCCUUGACGACCGUAUACGGCUCCUAUCGGAGGAGCAGAGGGAAGAGAUGAAUGAACUUAAUCAGACGAGACUUCUUUAUAAAAGGGGGCUCUCCAAUAUGAUUCUCUCCUGGUUCUGUCAUCAUUAUAUCUCUCCAAUACAGGCAUAUCAACCAACCCUCGAACCUACCGCCAUCAUGAGUGAUAAGGCAAAUGAAUAA